AGCUCAAACCCUCGCUCCUGCUUCAAUCACUCUCGCGAUCAUGUCCUCUUCCUCCCGCUUCCUCGCUCGUUUCUUCUCUUCAUCGUCAACCUCAACCCAAACCCUAACCCUAACUCCUCCUCCUCAAUUCAACCUCAGCACCAUCACCGACCUCGCCAACCUCCGCCAAUGGCCGAAACUCCGCUCUCACCUCCACUCUCUCCUCUCCAACCCCCAAACCCUACCCCUCUCAGUCCCCUCCUUCUUCCACUCUCUCUCCUCCUCCUUCCUCCCUCGCUCCUCUCAAUCUAUCGUCGCCGACAUCCUCAUCCUCUCCCUCCUCUCCGCCUCCGACACCGCCGCCGCCGUCGACGCCUUCUUUCGCUCCGGCCAUUACAGGUACAAGCUCUCAACUUUCUCUCUAAACCCUUUACUAAGUUCCCUCAUCAAAACCCAUCACCUCAACCUCGCCCAGUCCGUAUUCAAUCAAAUGCUCACCUCCAGAAAAAUCGCUCCCAAUUCCAUAACUUUCAACACCAUGAUCAAUGGACUCUGCAAGAGUGGAAAGCUUACUAAAGCUGAGGACAUGAUUAAGGAUAUGAAGGCUUGGGGGGUUUCGCCAAAUGUUGUUACUUAUAAUACAUUGAUUGAUGGGUAUUGUAAGAGAGGGAAGAUGUAUAGGGCUGAUGGGUUAGUUAAGGAGAUGGUGGGGUUUGGGAUUUUGCCUAAUUCGGUUACUUUUAAUGUUUUGAUUGAUGGGUAUUGUAAAGAUGGGAAUUUGAAGGGUGGGUUGAAGUUUUUUGAGGAGAUGAAGAGGCAAGGGGUUGAACCGAGUGUGAACCUUGGUGAGAAGAGGAAGAUGGAUGAGGCCAAUGGGCUACUAAAUGAAAUGUUGGAGAAAGGAUUGGUUCCGAAUAAUGUUACUUAUGACAUAAUUAAAGACGGGAUGGUGGAGAAAGGAUUUGUUCCUGAUAUAGAUGGGCAUCUUUCUAAUAGUGCAUCUUAGCAUUGUAUAUGACGAAAAGAUUGAUGGUGUUCCCGUAAAUGGAGUUAUUUUGACUGAGGUGUUACUAAAAUUGGGUUGAUGGUAACUUCUAUAAGAACUUUUGACAGUGUUUGCUAGCAGAAAGUGGAUGCCAAACUGUUAGUUUCAAUGGUAAAUUGGACACGUGGCAUCAAUAAGAUGAAAGAAGCAAAACAAACUUCUGGAAAAUGUAAGAUGCAUGAAGCAAAUGAGUCAGCAACUGAGAAGUUAAGCAUCGCAAAAGUUCAUUUCAAUGAAGAAGUUUUUCCUUAGGAGGAGCAAGUAUUAUUUGGUUUCAAUGUGACCAGUUGAAAUUAGAGCUUGCAGUGACAGAGAACAGCAUUCGCCACAGGCAAAACAAACAAAGAAAUAUAGAAGUUUUCAGCAGCAAACCUCAAAAGUAAGGAAGUACACUUCAGAUGUGAGAGUAUUUGUAAAUAAAAUAGAAAAAAUCAAAUAUCGGGAUGCUAGGAAUGUUGAUGUAAUGUAAGCACUCAUGUUUCAGAAAGUGAAUUCCAUCUUGAAGGGUGUUCUUUUUAU